UAAUUAAUUAUUUAUUAGACAUUACAUUAUAAAUUAUAAAAAAAUAGCAUUUUUAUAAUAAAUCCUUACAAAAAAUUUUAACUCGACUCUGCAUAUGUCAGGUUCUUUAUAUAUCCGGUUAUUGGGAUAUCUAUUUUACAAUUAAAUUCAAGUUUGGUGAAAUAAUUCACAGCCAAAAAAAAAUUGAAUAAUUUCCUACUUGUUCACGUACUUGUAAAUGCAUAUUUAUAUAUGUCAGAGAAACGCGGCAUAUAUUUACAUAAGAUCGGAUACACGUGAAUGCCAAUUUUCAUUUUACUUUUAAAAUACGAUUCUUUAAUAAUAUAUGAACCGUUAAUAGCCAAUAUCGCCUUUGACUUAAACAACGUCAUCUCGUUGUUCAACGUACCAAGUCCACGUGACACGCAUAUUCGAAUUCUCGCUGUUCGCUAUCACGUUUCAGUUUCGACAAUAUCGGCGGUGGGAAAUAACGUUUCACUCGACAUUCGCGUUUCGCCUUGCAUUCUCAUAAUUUCUUCUUCUUUACUUAUCACCAAGUUGAUAAAAGAAUCGUGCUAAUUCGAUGACUCUUCCAUGUGCUAAUUACGAAACACCAAUUGACACUGAGUGACGAUUGUUAGUGGUGAAAUUGUUCUUGAUUAUAUAAUACAUGUGUGUAAAAUUCCAAAAUAAGUUUCUUCGAAUUGCGCUAAUUUUCUUCAAAUAUGCAGUCAGUCACUUUAGCCGGGUGAACGAGCUGACUUGUCAAACGAAAAAGAAAUUAGGGAAAUGCUUUAACAAUAAGCGAACUGUGAAUGCUAUUGUCAUUUCAAGAAAGAAUUGUUACGACUACGGCAUAAGAUAUGCUGGCAGAAAGUGCGUUGGCUCUGUUUGCGCUCGUUAAUCAGUUCAAUUGAAUAACAUAUUAAUAAAUGCUGCGGGGUCAUCGCGACAGUUAAUCGCAAUGUCCACGCCGGACACGAUGGAUACCAUCGACGAAGCGGAACAAGCGUGGCAUGAGAUGCUGGAGUGUGAGACCGGAUCCCUUUUAGGCAGAGUGGCGGACCUCGAAAGGCAAUCCUUGGCGCAAAGGGACGAGAUAGUUUGUCUUCGCGCCACUCUAGCGGACGCGUUAAGGCGAAUCGCCCAACUCGAGGCAAGAGAAAAACGGGAGGAUGACAGGAACGAGAGGAGAAACGACAGGAUGGUAUCCUCACCCUUAAGGAACGGUCAUGUACCUCUCAGAAGUAGUCAAAAUUCGGUGUCACAGAAGGACUUGAGGCUGCGUCAGACCGGUGGCCUCAGAAAUUCCUCCUCUUCGGGAUCGUCGCAGGAUGUCCGCGAUGCGACAUCCAGUCCGAGACGGCCUGCCAGCUACGUGCAUCCCUCCCAACUUCCUCAAAGGAGAUCCGUCCACUAUCAGUCAACGGGUUCUUUACAUUCCGAUAGUCCGAGUAGUAGUAGUGUUUCUCCGGUGCCAUCGCCAAGCCCUAGAGCUACGCCACUGCCUGUAGCCAGAUCGCCCACGGCAAGAUCAAACGGACCGCCGCAAAGUAGCCUAAGAAGAGCGAAGAGAUGGUCGUCCACCGGCGAUUUUACACAUUCCCCGCAAAACCAGGGAAGCAAUUCCCAGCUCGUCGGUACCAGAUUGUCUGCGUCCACCAAGUCCCUGUUCAACCUGUUCAAGCCACCGGCGAUGAACAACGUCAAGCACGGCACCAGAGACAUGCAGUACAACGAGGAGGAAGGGACCGUCCGCAUGUAUUUGCGCGGUCGACCGGUCGUUCUUUACGUUCCUACAUCCAUGAUGGAAUCCUACGACCUUCACAAAGUUAGUACGCCGCCACAAAGCAAAUUGAAGCUCGAUUGGGUCUACGGUUAUCGCGGGCGCGAUUGCCGUAGCAAUUUACACCUGCUGCCGACCGGCGAGAUUGUAUAUUUCGUCGCGGCAGUCGUUGUUCUGUACAAUAUGGAGGAGCACAGCCAGAGACAUUAUCUAGGUCAUACGGAUGAUGUCAAGUGCAUAGCAAUACAUCCUAACAAAUUGGUCGUCGCAACAGGACAGGUGUGCGGGACGGAUCGUCGGGAUGCUAUGCCACAUAUAAGAAUAUGGAACUCCGUAAGCCUGACGACUCUCAGUGUGAUCGGCAAUGGCGAAUUCGACGGAUCGAUUUGCUGCCUGUCAUUCUCCAAGGCCGACGGCGGAAAUUAUUUGUGUGCCAUCGACGAGACUUCCGAUCAUAAUAUAUCGAUCUGGGACUGGCAGAAGAGCGAUCGUGGUACUAAAGUGACUGAAACAAAGUGCUCUGUCGACACGGUGGUUUGCGCCGAGUGGCAUCCGCUGGAACGUAACCAGAUCGUCUCUUGCGGAAAAGGACAUGUAUCCUUUUGGUCCCUGGACAACGGCGGCAUGCUGUAUAAACGUAUGGGCAUCUUCGAGAGCAGAGAUAAGCCCAGGUAUGUUACCUGCGUUGCCUUCAAUCAAAAUGGCGACGUUCUCACCGGUGACAGCAACGGCAACAUCAUCGUUUGGGCUCGAGGUACUAACACAAUUUCAAGGCUAGUGAGAAAUCUCCAUGAAGGAUCGAUUUUCUCCAUAUGUGUUCUGAAAAAUGGUAACAUUAUCACAGGAGGUGGAAAGGACGGCAAAAUUUUGUAUUUUGACGCUUCUUUGAAUCCGACGGGAGAAGAUGCCCAGAUCGAGGAUCAUUUCGGCGGAAUUCGAACGCUCUCAGAGGGAAGAGGCACUCAAUUAUUAAUUGGCACAACGAGGAACUGCAUUCUCGUUGGCGAAAAUGAUAUGGGUUUCAAUCCUGCAAUGCUAGGCCACGCUGAAGAAGUUUGGGGACUUGCGGCCCAUCCGACUUUACCUCAAUUCGCCACCGCGGGACAUGAUAGAUUGUUGCAGAUGUGGGACAGUUUAAGUCAUACCGUGGUGUGGAGCAAAGAUAUCGGGGAGCAAGCACAAAGUAUUGCCUUUUCACCGGAUGGUAAUAUCAUAGUUGUCGGCUGUGUGUCCGGGAAAUGGUUGGCAAUUGAUAGCGAAACGCGAGAAUUGUAUACACAUCAUAGCGAUGGUUCCGAACCUAUUCAGGUUGUUCAAUUUUCACCUGAUGGUUCCUUGCUUGCACUUGGCUCCAGAGAUAAUUACAUUUAUAUUUAUCAAGUGAAUGACGAUGCAACCAAGUAUAGUCGAGUUGGGCGAUGCAUGCCAAAGCGGAUUCGAAGGCACGGAGGACAUUCCAGUUUUAUAAAUCAUCUCGAUUGGUCUGUAGAUGGUCAAUACUUGCGCAGUAACAGCGGAGACUAUGAAUUGCUUUAUUGGAAUCCUGGUGUUUGCCGUCAAAUUCCUCAGUCUUCAAUGUUAAGGAAUGUUGAUUGGGCAACUCAUUCCUGCGUGAUAUCCUUCGAGACAAUAGGCAUUUGGCCGGAGGGCGCCGAUGGAACUGACGUGAAUAAUUGUACGCGAAGUGGCGACGGCAAACUUUUAGCUACGGGUGAUGAUUUUGGAAAGGUCAAAUUGUUCUCUCAUCCGGUGUGCCAGCCGAAGUCAUUAUAUCAUUCUUAUGGCGGCCACUCGAGUCAUGUAACGAAUGUCUCAUUCUUGCAAGAUGAUUCCCGAUUGGUAUCGACUGGCGGCGCCGAUACCAGUGUUCUCCAAUGGAUAGUAAAUUAAGCGAGUCCUCGUGUUAUUUUCGAGAGCGAGUGAUUCUUAAAAGUGCACUUCAAGAUCGAGUUAAGAAGAUAAACGAAUAUCAGCCUUGCGUUUCUUAAAUCUAAAGAAUUACCUGAAUUACCUAAUCACAAUCGAGCAUCAUGGCUUCUGUUUUAAUUUAAAAAGCUAACGACGGCAUCAUCCUAACACCUCAAUUUCUUGACAUAAAAAUACCGUACGCCGCACGAGGUAAUUAUGAUAAGCAUGUGAAUGUUCUUAAAAAGGUUUUACUUGUUCAAGAGUGGAGAAUCAAACUGACGCCUUGAUUUCUUAACAAUAUGUUUGUCAUCAGGCGCAAAAAAUUUAUAAAUUCGAAUGUACAUACUCUCGUACGUAAAGCAACUCAAUGCACCAUGUGUGCAGCGUGUCUCCUUCUCGUAUCAGUAUAUGUGAUAGCACCGAUGUAAUCUUUUCUUACCAUUAUGUCCAUUAUUGCAUGAUAUUAAUGGAUUUAUCCAUGUGGAUAAAUGAUCGAUAUGAUCACUCUAAGAGCGAGUUUUGAUAGUGUAUUUUAAUUACAACAAUUUGUAAUAUUUUACACUUUAUUUAACACAUUUUUUGGUUUAUUUCUUAUUUUUUGAAAUAUAUUAAGACAGUUUUGCAAGUCUUUUGUUUUCUACAUCACGGUAGAAGACUAAUCUACAAUGUGUUUUUUAUUCCUUUUUUUCUUCUCGCUUUUUGCUUUGUGCCUUUUUCCUUUUCACAUAAUGUUUUAUCGAAAUUGACAAAAUGAAAAGAUUAUAAACUUCGAAAGAGACAUGAACAAGAGAUAGAAACACGAUUUGCCGAUAAAAUAGUGCGAAGAGGCAAAAAUCCGAAACGACAAACAAGAAACAGAAAACAAAAAGCAUAUUGUAGAUUAGACUUUAAUGUAAUCGUAAAAGUUUUUUUUUUAACGAAUUUAAUUUUAUUUUUAU